UGAUUUCUUUUUGGGAUCUCCAUUCUCCGCUGCCUCUAAAUAAAAAUUAAUCCGAGUUUGGAUCCAUCUGGUCUCGGGAUUAGGAAAAGCGACUCUCCAAGCAGGUCAAAGAUGUUUAUGAAAGUUCCAUUCUUCAUCCUCGUCCUAGGGAGUGUGCCCUUGGCAGCACUUGCUGAAGAAGCAAGCUCAGUUCUAGAAGGAGAAGAAAGUGCAACGAUUGAUUUCAGAGACAGAAAUGACACGGAGUUUGAAGCCCUGCCAACCCUGUUGCCCACCAGACUACACAAUGUAACAAAUCUCUUGCAGUUUGGACACCUGAUGACCACAGAAAGUGCUUUUGUCCCGGAUGGAGACAGUGACAAUUCUACUGGUUAUGGAGUUAACACAGAGAGUGUUGAUGGUGAACCGAGCGGGGAACCAGAGAAAACUGAAAAAGGUGGCCUGGAAACAAUUGCACUGGUUGGAAUAAUCAUUGGAAUCGUGGUUGCAGUUGGAAUCCUUGCAGGAAUAGUGAUUGCUGUCGUAAGGAAGAUGUCAGGCAGGCCCUGAAAACAGUUGAAACAAGCAGCCAUGUCAUUCUAUGCCAGAAAAUACAAGUGCUUCUUAUUUUAUAAGAACUAAAGACUAUUUCCUGCAUUUGUGUGAGAAGAUGAUCCAUGGAAAAUACGGUCAAAGCAUUCCAGAUCUAUGGGGAUCCCACACAGCUCUAAGGACCACCCCCAGUCUCCCUGAUUCCAGAGGAUGGAACAUUCCAUAGCAUUUCUACUAUCCAGGAUUUUACCAGAAGAAAAAAGAUUUUGCAGUAAGAAAAAACCCUGCAGCAAACAGAUGUACACCUGAAAUGUGAUUUACAGGUAAUAUAUGCUUGGUUUUCAAAUGCAACCAAAGAUUAUGUCACAUUACAUUUUAUGGAUUUCUUUAAAAAAAAAAAAAACAUAUCCAGAACAUAUUCAGAAUCUUUUAAGUGUUUUUGACUGGUUAAGUGCUUGUGGCAUGUUCAUCUACCAUGUGGUGUAUCAAAAAGGAGGAAUUAGCUUCAGAGAGAACCAGUUAUUUACAAAUUAAAUAUCCAAAAAAUACAGGAUAUUGGAAGCUAAAAUCUUUCCACUAUUGAUAGAGAUUUUCUGCUCAUGAUACUUAUGUUAUUCUGUGGCAAAAUAGGGUAGGCCUGGCUGGAACUGACCUACCAACUGAAAGCUUGCUCUGCUGACUAUUGCAUCAGGAAUUUCCUGCCUUCUCUUCUUGCAGAGACAUGCAGGGAUUGAAAUAAACAUCCUGAAUUAAGGGGUGCUUGGAAAAUACCCACUUUUGAUGGGUCACUUUAACCAGUUACUCAGCAGCUUUAGAGCUGACACGUAGAAGCUUUUGAGUCAGUGUAUACAAACUUUUUCUUUCUGAGUGUCUCGUUUUCUAAGUGUGCCGUUGGUUUGUUUGACAACGUGUGCAAC